AUGGAAAGCGCUUAUGGUGAUGGCCAAUAUAGUCAUAAAGUGCACGUGUAUUCAUUACUAUCAGAUUCAUGGAAAAGCAUACUAAACCUUCCAUCUUACCUCUGCGAAUUAACUAGUUAUCAUGGAGCGGCGCCUGGGGUGUUCGUCAAUGGAGCGAUUCAUUGGAUAUUAUACUGCCGGACGGAAGGUCGGCAAAUUCUUAUAUCUUUUGACGUUAGCAGUGAGACACUUAGUGAAACUAUGAAACCAAAACGUAUCGUUGACAACAAGUUCCAUAUAACAAAUAUGAGCACGUUGGAUGGCCGGCUUUGCUUGUUGGUUAGUGAAGGCGAUAAAAUGAGUCUUGAUGUAUGGGUGGCCAAAGAUUACAGAUUGAGUGAAUCCUGGACAUUGCUGUUCACCAUCAAUGCCCAACAAACAUCUAUUUUUCGCUACGUUAGAGGCUUCAAGGCAGUACAGGCUUUCAAGAACGGUGAGGUUCUAUUCGAGAAGGAUAGAAGCACUUUGGUAAUAUAUGACCCAAAUUCUGAAAGAGCUAGAAUUAUAAAAAUUGGCGGCGUUCGAAAAUUCUUCUUGGCGGCGAUUUACAUGCCGAGUUUAGUUUCUCCUAAUUCGAUAAAGAAUGCGGACGCAGAAUGA